AUGGAAAGAAAUCAAGAAGAAGAGGAGGUUUUCCGAUUCGACAAAAAGGAGGAUAUUCAUCAAGGAGUCGACCUCUCAUCAUUAUAUAAUGAAAACCCCCCAUUCCUGGAGAGGAUCCGAAAUUAUCCGCCAUUACUCUUAGCAAUAGCUGUAGCUUAUUCACUUUUCUCUUACUUUUGCAUUUCGUCUCGUCAAGCCUGUUUAACAAGACCAUCCUCCUUGUAUUCCUUUGAUACUUCUUCGAGUAAAGUCCCAAGUUCCCUAAACACUCAAUAUUUGAUACCCAUCACCAUACGUGUGCUAUAUCAGAUCUCACAAUUGGCGCCCACCGUGGGACUGAGAACACUUCUUACUUUCAAGCUCAAAGAAGUCCUCAAGUUCUACAAGAUCGAUGACGAAUUCAAGAGAAAACACCAUCGACAUGAGUCCCAGCCGAGACUAGAGGGAUCUUGA